ACACAUCAAUCACUUCAAUAAUGUUCUCACCUUCAAAUUUGAACGAAUAAUAGCACUCCAAGUUAUUACGCAAAAAUUUCAAGGUGGAAGUGGUUGUGCUCAUAGCAUUGUGCCAUCAGAAAGUAAUCAACACGAAUUUAAUCUUUCGAGCGAAGAUAAAUCAAUUAUAGUCAACUCAGUCAUUUGUCGAAUAUACGUGAGUCGAAUAUAGCAUUAUUCGAGAGUAUGAUGGCACAUCCUGACACUCAUAACAGUAAUUGCUCAAUUGAAAUUGCAACUGCAGAAAACAAAAACGAAGUUUUGGAAUUCUUAAGAAAAUUUUUCUUCAAGGAUGAACCUGUUAAUAACUUUCUAGGACUAGUCAGUUGCGAGAAUCCAAUAAACGAAGAUGUGGAAGCUUUUUCCAUAGAAUACUUAGAUAAUGGUCUCACUUUGAUGGCAAAAUAUGAUGAAAAUUUAGUAGGUGUUUGUAUGAGUGUGGUAAUUGAGAAAGAAACAAAGAAAACAACUGUUAACUGUCAAGAUGAAAAAUUUGCAAAACUUCUCAAGUUUUUCGAAUAUGUUGGUGAGAGAGCGGAUCCAUUUGAACAAUAUCCAGAUUGUACCAGGGCUGUGUGCAUUGGUAUAGUAUCUGUAGACGAAUCGUACAGAGGAAGAGGUAUCGCUAAAAAUCUUCUGAAUACAACAAG